AGUUGCUUUACUGGCUGCUACUCCGCCGCCUGCUGACAGUUAGUAGCGGUUGUAUCGCCACCGUUUGAACCGAACUCAUACGGACUAACUUUAAGUUAGCUUUAACUUACACCUAACCCGACAUCUUUAGUAGUGAAAAACAAGCUGCUUUGUAGUUGUUGCACGCCUCCAUGGACACUGUUCAGAAAUUAGUGUCCGGAUUUUCUCUGGACCUGGGACCACUGAAAGAACCUCUUGGAUUUAUUCGAGUCCUGGAAUGGGUCUUCACCAUUUUUGCCUUCGCCACCACUGGAGGUUACUCUGGGACAUCCCACUUCACAGUCAAAUGCCCAGGAUCCCAGGACACGCACAAUGUGAAGACUGAGUUUUUCUACCCAUUCAGGUUGCCAGCGAAACCAUAUGAGCUCCCGAUAUGUAACGGGACUCAAUUCAAUGUGACCUACCUGCAGGGCGACUUCUCCUCCUCGGCAGAGUUUUUUGUGUCUGUUGGUGUGUUUGGGUUCCUUUAUUGCACCGCCACACUGAUCCUCUAUCUGGGCUACCAGAAUGUCUACCGCCAGACCACCCGGGGUCCCAUCAUAGACCUGGUGGUGACUGCUGCCUUUGCCUUCCUGUGGCUUGUGUCCUCCUCAGCCUGGGGCAAAGGCCUGACUGAUGUCAAAUGGGCCACUAACCCCGAACACCUAGUGGACCAAUGCAAGGACAUCUGUGCACCAGGAGAGUUUCCUUCCAUGGGCCGCCUCAAUGCCUCUGUAAUUUUUGGUUUUCUGAACUUGAUCCUGUGGGCAGGUAACGUCUGGUUCAUUUACAAGGAGACCCCUUUCCACAAGGAUCCUAACCAACCGACCACCAUGGAGGAAGGAGGGGCCCCUGGGCCCUAGCCACAUCACUGAGGCCCUGUACCCACAACAGAAAUGCUAUGUGCUUAACACUGGUUUUGAUGUUCACCUGCAGAAAUGGAGACAAAAGGAAGGCAAUUGUCCUAAAAAUCCCACUAUACCUCCUAAUACUGUUUUUCAGUUACGGGUCUUUAAGUUUACCCAGUCCCCAAUGACUGAGCAACACAAAGUACUUUGUUUUUACUUUAUUUUUUUUAAAUUCAAUCAUUAAAUCCCAAUUCCUAUGUGCCUUGAAAACACUAAGUGCAAAUAUAAACACUAAUUACACACUAAUUACACUACAAUAGAAGCUACUGUGAAUGGAGCCUGAGUUUGGUCUUCAGAACUGCCGACCUGCAGUGCAUUAGUUUCCACAUUAGCACACGAUCUCUGCCCUUCAUGGAGCCACAUAGUGAUGAAAUGGUGACGUAAAAACCCAGAAUCUCUACAAGUCCUCAGCCAGGGAAAAAGCAAAGAAUUAACAGAAGUUGAAAUCAAACCCCCCUCAUAUUCAAUUAAAAACAAGUUGCCAUUAGAAACAACACCCAGAAACAAACUAUUUAGGUGGGAGAAAAUCCACACCUGGGGUUCUCUCUUGAGCAGGAGUCCAGUAAGGGUUUGCUCUUCUUCCAUGGUGUAAUCUGUAAGAGGACGUGCUACAGCACCGAUUCCAAGUAUUGUAAUUCUAAACAUGUCAGUCACUUCAGUUUCAGUAGAUGAGUCAUAGCCUGAAGGUCAGAAGAUGUUGAAUGCUCUUUUUUCCCCCCCAGUUAAAGCAACAGCUGAUACCAAAGCCCUGUUAUGUUAUCAGACUAAAACAUGUGUUUAGAGAAUGCUGUCUUUUUUUUUUCUGAGCUCUGCCUCUAAGGCACCAGUCCAUCUAACAACUAAAUUAACAGCCAUGCCAGUCCCCCACCAAUGUUCUAAUCUACUGCCACAUACACUCAGAUAUACUCCAUAAUCACAUGGAUGUCAACACACUAAUUUUCUUGAUGGCAAAAGGAUACACACUAUGUAAAAAGAAAGACCAUGCCCCAGUCUUCUGCACUUCUCUGUACUUCAAGUGGGUCAGCUGAGACUUUUAUUUUGAAAGUGUCAUUUUGAGUGAACAUUCAGGUUGUGGGAGCGUUUGCCACACUCAUGUUUAUUUUCAGCCUGUAUUCAGAACAAGGCUCUCUACAUGUUUACUCCACUAGCUGUUGGACAAAGACCCCUGGCCUAACUGUUUAGUUCCUGUUUGAUCCAAAUGUUACAUUUACACUACUCAAUAACAUUAAGAAUCAUCAUUGUUUGACCUAUCCUUUGUAAAAGGUGACUUAAAGCGACUUUAUUUAUAUACAGUUCAUAUGUAUUUUUAUCUACAUUAAUUGGUUCAUUGCAUACUUCUUUUAAAACCAAUGUUUUUUCUGUUUGUAUCUCCCAGUGAAAAAGCAUCCGUGUGCAGCUUCUCUUUGAUUUUGUUUUUGUAACGUCAGAUUUGCUGUUAAAUUUGUUGUACCACAGAGUAGCCCUUAUGCUUUAAGUUGUGAUGGUAACUAGUUCAAGUAACAAAAGUGGAUAAAUGUUGCCAGAUGUAUGUAAUCCUGCUGUAUUUCUUUAUGACUCCUGCCCAUAGUUCUGCUCUACAUGUAACCUGACAGCCAGCGCCAUACAUUAGAAGGUUUUGUAUUGAAAGCCUGCAAUUGCACUAAGGGAUCUAAUGAUCUCUGUGAAGUAACUGUUUUGAUUUGAGUAAUUGGGCCAUCUGUGCAGCUGUUGUAUUUUAUCAUCAUACCCUCUGUAGGGAAUAAAUCAGGGGCUGUAAGUAAAGUAAUAUAUUUUUCACAUUAUAUUGAAAUUAGACAUCAAUUUUAUCAAAAGUAAAUCUUAGUUAAUUAGAGCACAGUGAAGUGUAAUUAAUUAUUAACACUGUUAUUUUAUGCCUUGUUUAUGCAAAAGGAAACAAUGGUUUAUCUGUAAUGACAUGUAAAACAGAGCUGCAACUGUUGGAUUCUGUCUCCUUUCUUAACUUUUCAAAAUGAGUUUUUAAGUCUGUACUAGUUCUCCCACCUCAAGGUUUACAGACAUUUAAAGCCACUAUGUGCAGAAUUUGAAUGCA